GUACUGCAUACCACGCCCACCAUUCACUUCGUAUUCUUCCUGUUAUGCAACUUCACAAGCGCUGUGAGAAGUUAAGUAGUGAAAGAAAAAAAGAAAAAAAGAAAAAGAAAAAGUCGCCGGGUGGACACUGAGUUGGUAAAGUGAGAAUCGAGUUUUUGAUUGAGAGUCUGAAGAAACAAAAAUCAGCACAGCUGAGGCGAGGAGAGAACAUGUCUUCCCAGGAAAACAGAGUGAUGGCCUUGUCAGAGUGGGAGGAUAGGUGGCAAGAAGGAAAAAUUGGUUUCCACAAACCUCAUGUGCACAAGUUGCUGGAAAACAACUUAGACAAAAUCGUAUGUGGACAAAAGAGUGUUCCAUUCUUCUUCCCACUAUGCGGAAAAGCUGAAGGCAUGAAAUGGUAUGCUGACAUGGGUCACAUGGUUGUUGGUGUUGAAAUUUCAGAAAAAUUAAUUAAACAAUUCUUUGAAGACCAACUUCUUGCAUACAAUGAAGAACCAGAACCAGCUAUUCCUGGAGUGAAGGUGUUCAAGGUAUUUGGAUGUCUGCCUUUGGCACCCACAGUGGACACAAACCAACGGAUUCCUCUCAGUAGUGCGGAUGGAAAGACCUCCAUCUAUCAGUGUGAUUUAUACAAGCUCCAGGACAAAGUAAUAAAUUCAGUACAGUGUGUACUUUCAUUUGAAAGCGACUGCAGAUAUCUUGUGAACACAUUGGAAUAUGAUCCUGAGCUGUAUAAAGGAGGGGCCUGUGACAUUGAACUGCUCCAGUGUGUAGAUGGCUUUGAGGAGAAACACAAAACAUGGGGAUUGGAAUCAAUGACAGAGAAAGUGUACCUUCUCACUCUAAAGGACCAAUGAUUAAUCAGUUUUCACCAAAUGAAACAAUGGCAGUUGUUGGUGUAGUGGUCGGGACAUUUUAUGCCUAGAUGAAUAACAGUUACAGCUGCCUCCAUAUUACCCCUCUUUGAUUUAGAUUGGAGGAUCAUAAAAAGUAACGAUCAAAUGCAAUAAAUAAUUUGGUAAACCAGUAUAAAACAAUAGUUAGCAAAUUGCAAAAUGCUUUCAAUUCACCCAUUUAUUUUUUAUUUUUUCCUUAUUUGGUAAUUAGUGUAAUACUUGGUUUAUUGGUUUGAUACUUUAAAAACUCAAUGUAAAAAUAUUUAAUAAAGUA